AAACUUUGGCAGGCUGAUGUUAGCGCAGUUGGUCAAAGCAUGGUGCUAAUGACACCAAGGUUGUGGGUUCAAUCCCUGUGUGGGCCAUUUGCUCAAGAGUCACACUCGAUGAUCCUUGUGGGUCCCUUCCAACUUGGAAUAUUCUGUGGAUCUGUUUCGUUUCCCUGCAGUUAAGUAAAAAUUCCAACACCUGCUUUUCCUCUUGGAGUUUGUUUUCUGGUUUGGCUCUUGAAGGUUUUGUAGUGUUAGCAGUGCUUUGGUUUUAAUUGUCCUUAAUUUUUUAAGCCUUUCUCAUCUUGGAGUUCUUUCUUCCACAAGAUGAUAGCUAGAGCUGGAAUCCCCGAAUAAAGCACAGAUGAACACAGAAACAGAUUAAUCUGCCUGGCUAUAUGCAAAAUGACCUCGUGAUAAAACUAUAUCAGGGCCAGCAGCAGUUCUGUAUCUGCUCAUACAUCUAUUCUUUAUAGCUCUUGCUUUAUGGCUAUGCACUGUGACCCGUCUAAAAAGGGAGGCUUAACAAACAAUUACAGAGGACACAGGGACUGCCAGCUGAAUGUAACUGUGCUGGGCUGACAGUCAGCAUAUGCAAAGUUUUGGCAUUGUUUAAUAUUCUUGUUUGCUUGUAUGCUUCCAACGGGGAACAGUUGGUCUAUUGUAAUCAAAAUGUAUUGCUAACGAUGUGUUCUGAAUUUAAAAGGGGGCAGUAUCACUGCUAACACAAAAACAUUAUUUUUCUUCCUGCUUCUGAGAAGGAAUGGCUUCUGAUCCCUGCCAGCAAAAGUAGAGCUUUUUCAGCUGGAGGGUAUCAGAUGACCGUUUUCAUAUAUUUGAAAGGAAAAAUGUCUACAGUGCACAAAUGAAUCUUUUGCUCAGGUGAUUUAAACGAAAGUCAGAGCCACAGAGCCUGCUACUGGUGGUAAUUCUCAGGCUGUGUGGCUGCCUCGCAAGAACUGCUAUGUGAAAAGAUGAUUACAAAGUUGUGCUACUUGGAAAUACAGAUCUGUUCCCUCACAUGUAUCCACAGGAACAAAGAAUGAAUCUGGAUUUUUGUUCCUGCUGCAAGGCGAUAUGGAUUAUGGUUUCGAUUGAGGAAGUUAAUACUCUGGUUGCUGGGAAUGUACAUAGCCAUCCCAUUUCUAGUAAAACUUUGCCCUGCUAUUCAGGCAAAACUGGUCUUCCUAAACUUUGUGAGGGUCCCGUAUUUCAUUGACUUGAAAAGACCACAGGAUCAAGGUUUAAACCACACCUGUAAUUAUUACUUGAAGCCAGAGGAGGAUGUAACCAUUGGAGUCUGGCACACGGUCCCUGCAGCCUUAUGGAAAAAUGCCCGAGGGAAGGACCAGCUGUGGUUUGAAGAAGCUUUGGGCUCCAGCCAUCCUGUAAUCCUUUACCUGCACGGGAAUGCGGGAACAAGAGGAGGAGAUCACCGGGUGGAGCUUUACAAGGUUCUCAGCUCCCUCGGGUACCAUGUGGUGACGUUUGACUAUCGAGGCUGGGGUGACUCAAUAGGCAGCCCGUCAGAGAGGGGAAUGACCUACGACGCCCUUCAUGUCUUUGACUGGAUAAAAGCACGGAGUGGAGACAACCCUGUCUAUAUAUGGGGACACUCCCUGGGCACAGGGGUUGCAACAAACCUGGUGCGGCGCCUCUGCGAAAGAGAAACACCCCCGGAUGCCCUGAUCCUGGAAUCUCCAUUCACCAACAUACGGGAGGAGGCACGGAGUCACCCCUUUUCUGUGAUAUACAGAUACUUCCCUGGAUUUGACUGGUUCUUCCUUGACCCCAUCACAACAAGUGGAAUUAAAUUUGCAAACGAUGAGAAUGUGAAAUACAUUUCCUGCUCCCUGCUCAUCCUUCAUGCUGAGGAUGAUCCAGUGGUACCAUUUCAUCUGGGAAAAAAGCUUUACAACAUUGCCGCGACGUCACGGAGUUUCCGGGACUACAAGGUGCAGUUUGUGCCCUUCCACACAGACCUUGGCUACCGGCACAAAUACAUCUACAGGAGUCCAGAGCUGCCUCGGAUACUGCGGGAAUUCCUGGGAAAAAUCUGAACAUGAGCAUCAUCACUGAAGACUGUCUGCUUGUCAUCACAGAGAUUUUCAUUUCCUUCCUCUCUCUCCUUUUCUUCCCUGCUCCCUGUGGGUCAGUCUGCCAUUCUUCCAUCCCUGGCACUAGAGGAGGUCAGGGAUUCCCAUUCCAGUCCUGAUGUGUACCCUUGGCAACUCUAGUUUCUGGCAUCAGCAUCUGUGAUGGCAGAAGGAAGUUGUUGGCUUCAUUUUGGACUUGGACAGAGGAGUGGCAACAGCCCAGGAGCCAGUACCAAACCGUGAAAACUGUAAACACAGCAAAGCCUUGCCCAUCCCUCGUGGUACUGCUGAGGACAGAUGUUCCUAGGACACUGUGUCAUGACUAAGGAUGCUUCUUUCACUUUUAAACACUGCUGCUGUUUUCAGAUCAUGUAGAGAUACAUUUGUAGGUAAAUGGCUUUUGCCAUGUCUCCUUACUGUAGUUGUCUUGCUUGAGUUUGAGGUGUUCUCUUUCUAGAAAAUACAUGUUUUGCCUUUCCUUUU